CGGGCCGGAGAGCGGGCGCCCGGAGCGCCGGGAGCGUGUCCGCGCGAGGCGGGAGCGCGGGCGCCGACCUGGCCGCGGGCGGGAGCCGCCGUCGCGCCGCCGUCCCCCAGUCGGCGGGCCAGGCCGCGGCGCGGAGCGCGAGGGCCGGGCUCCCCGGGCCUGCGGCCAUGGGCGGGAGCCGGAGGCGGCAGCCGCAGCGGCGGGCCCCGCAGGCGGGGAGGCGCGCGGCCCACGGCCCCUGACGGCCUCCAGCGGUCCGGCGCGCCCCCGCGUCUCCUGGGGGGACCGUAGCCAAGCAACGCCCGGCACGCCCGCCCAUCCCCCGCCGCCCUUUUUCUCCUGGCCGGGUGCGAGGGAGCAUGCCCACGCCUGGCCUCAGCCAGCUAAGAGUUAACCCCAGGGGCGUGGAGCUGCCUCCCCCUUGGGGGCGUGUCCCCCUUCCCGCUAGGCGGCCUGCCCCCCCGCGCUAGGGUAUGGCCCCCGGCCCCAACCCGGGGCCCGAGGUCCCGCGCACGGGUCAGUGAAAGGCGUUUUCCCGUUCCCGCCCUCCUUCUCUCACCGGCCAGCACCAUGGGAUGUAAUAUGUGCGUGGUCCAGAAACCGGAGGAGCAGUACAAAGUGAUGCUUCAGGUGAACGGGAAGGAGCUCUCCAAGCUGUCUCAAGAGCAAACCCUGGAGGCCCUGCGCUCCUCCAAGGAGCCCCUGGUGAUCCAGGUGCUGAGACGCAGCCCCCGCCUCCGGGGGGACAGCUCCUGCCAUGACCUGCAGCUGGUGGAUAGUGGCACUCAGACCGACAUCACCUUCGAGCAUAUCAUGGCGCUGGGCAAGCUGCGCCCGCCCACCCCGCCCAUGGUCAUCCUGGAGCCGUACGUCCUGUCUGAGCUCCCCCCCAUCAGCCAUGAGUACUAUGACCCGGCGGAGUUCAUGGAGGGCGGCCCGCAGGAGGCAGACCGUAUGGAAGAGCUGGAGUAUGAGGAGGUGGAGCUGUAUAAAACCAGCCACCGGGAUAAGCUGGGCCUGAUGGUCUGCUACCGCACAGAUGAUGAGGAGGACCUGGGCAUCUACGUUGGAGAGGUGAAUCCCAACAGCAUUGCAGCCAAAGAUGGCCGGAUCCGGGAGGGAGACCGCAUCAUCCAGAUAAACGGUGUGGACGUCCAGAACCGGGAAGAGGCAGUGGCUAUCCUGAGCCAGGAGGAGAACACCAACAUCUCCCUUCUGGUGGCUCGGCCUGAGAGCCAGCUGGCAAAGCGGUGGAAGGACAGCGACCGGGACGACUUGCUGGAUGACUUUGGCUCUGAGCAUGAGGGGGAUCUGCGUCCGAGGAAGCCAAAAUCCCCCCCUGCCCAGCAGCUUGGGGACGAAGAGGAGAAAGGGGCCCCUGAUGUGGGCCCAGGCCUGAGCAACAGCCAGGAGCUGGACAGUGGGGUGGGCCGGACCGACGAGAGCACCCGCAACGAGGAGAGCUCUGAGCACGACCUGCUGGGGGACGAGCCCCUGAGUGCCACCAACACACCUGGGACCCUGCGCAAGUUUGGCCUGCAAGGGGACGCCCUGCAGAGCCACGACUUCCACUUCAGCAUGGACUCCCUGCUGGCUGAGGGGGCGGGGCUGGGGGGGGUUGACCUCCCAGGCCUCACCGAUGAGGAAUAUGAGCGCUACCGCGAGCUGCUGGAGAUCAAGUGCCACCUGGAGAAUGGCAACCAGCUGGGCCUCCUCUUUCCCCGGGCCGCCAGCAGCAACAGUGGCCUGGAUGUCAAUCGCAACGAGAGCCUGGGCCAUGAGAUGGCCAUGCUGGAGGAGGAGCUGCGGCACCUGGAGUUCAAGUGUCGCAACAUCCUGCGGGCGCAGAAGAUGCAGCAGCUGCGGGAGCGCUGCAUGAAGGCCUGGUUGCUGGAGGAGGAGAGCCUCUAUGACCUGGGGGCCGGCGAGCCCAAGAAGCAUGAGCUGUCUGACAUCUCUGAGCUGCCUGAGAAGUCGGACAAGGACAGCACCAGCGCCUACAACACGGGUGAGAGCUGCCGCAGCACCCCACUGCUUGCAGAGCCCCUGCAGGAGAGCCCCCUGAGGCGGGCUGCUGCUGGCAACUCCAACUUGAACCGGACCCCCUCCGGCCCCCCUGUCGCCACCCACCCCAAGGCCGCUCCUCCACAGGGGAGCCCCUCCAAGUUCCGGUCCCUAUCCCGGGAUCCUGAGGUGGGCCGGAGACAGCACUCGGAGGAACGAGUCCGCCGCAGCCCCAAGACAGGGGUGACCCUGGAGUGCAUGGGCCCUGAAGGCAGCCCCUACCUCUCGCGGCGCCACCGUGGUCAGGGCCAGGAGAGCGAGCACUACCAUAGCUGUGUGCAGCUGGCCCCGCCGCGCGGCCUGGAGGAGCUGGGCCACAGCCCCUUGAGUUUGGCUAGCAGUCCUCGGGUAGGCGGGGCGGCGGUGGCCACGGAAGCGCCACGCAUGGAGUGGAAGGUCAAGGUGCGCAGUGAUGGGACCCGCUAUGUGGCUAAGCGGCCAGUGCGCGAUCGCCUCCUAAAAGCCCGGGCCCUGAAGAUCCGGGAGGAGCGCAGCGGCAUGACCACCGACGAUGAUGCAGUGAGCGAGAUGAAGAUGGGCCGGUACUGGAGCAAGGAGGAACGGAAGCAGCACCUGAUCCGGGCCCGAGAGCAGCGGAAGCGACGUGAGUUUAUGAUGCAGAGCAGGCUGGAGUGCCUGAGGGAGCAGCAGAAUGGCGACAGUAAGGCGGAGCUCAACAUCAUCGCCUUGAGCCACCGCAAGACCAUGAAGAAGAGGAACAAGAAGAUCCUAGACAACUGGAUCACUAUCCAGGAGAUGCUGGCCCAUGGCACACGCUCAGCCGACGGCAAGCGGGUCUACAACCCGCUGCUCUCGGUCACCACAGUCUGAGCUGCCCAGAUGGGAGCCCAGCUGCGCUCCAGGGCGGGCCCUCUGCCUCGGCCCAAGUCCAGUGAGUCUCCUGGGACCCCAUCCCGUCCCUACUCUCCCUUAGAAUCUAGUGUGUGUCUGUGUGUGCCACACCUAUCUUUAUGUGUGUGCACAGGACUCUGUUAUCAGAGAGAAGCCCUGAGAAGGGACACUUCUCUGCAUCACCUACUUUCUUCUCCCCAAGUACAGAGACUAUGUCGACCACUGGCAUUGGGGACAGACCUGUGAUGGAUAUCCCUUCCGCUGUGUGCAUGUGUGUGUGCGACAUGGAGCUCAGGCACCUGCGCACGCAUGCGCGUGCAUACCCCUCCAGAGCUCUCUCUGCGUGGGUACUUGGGGGCGGGGAAGUUGAGCUGACAAGGAGAGGUGAGAGGACUGUUGUAAGCACGAGAACGUCUGGCUUCAACCUGAGCACAGCCUCUCUCCCUGCUGGCAGCCUCUGUUGUUUAUAGACAAAGGCAACCCUGAUUUUUGUGGUUUUUCUCCCUUUCUGUGCUUGCCAGUUGUCGUUUUUCUGUUUUGUGGACCUGCUCUAGGGGCUGGCAGCUCCUUCAGGUAACCUGACAAGGUGGAAUCCCAAGUGAUGGCUGGGAAGGAGGUGGGGGGGAGGAAAAACGGGAGGGCUGGGGGGGGAAGGGAUGGGGUGGGAAAGAAGGGAAGAAUAGGAAGCAGCUUUCUGCUAGCCUCCACUCUGAGAUGUGUGGACUGGAAGCCUCUGAUGUGGCUUGUGAGGAUUGCCCUGGGAGCCACCUGCUUCCCCAGUGACUGAGGGAUAUCCGAGGCUGCGGGGACUGAGGGGGCAGUGUCCAUCCAAGAAGAAAUCGCCAAGCCCGGGGCUGUGCCUCAUGCUGUCAGGAGUGCAGCGUCUCUUCUGUGUGGGCUUGAGGGGUGCGCUUAGACAGUGAGGGGUCCAGAAGCCAAGCCCCAUGAGUAGCAGCAGAAGACCUUGGCAACAAGACCCACAUGGAGCUGAGGGAGGGGCCCGGACCCAAGUGAAAGGCUUGCCCGGCCAGCUGGGCUGACUGGGAAGAAGAUGCCCGGCACCCCACUUUGCAAGUGUGGACUGGGCAGCCCUCAGGGACCUGUGCAUUUUAGUGAGAGCUGGCCUCAGGCCCCCUGGGCUCUCCAGCUCAGAGAGCCUCAGAUCGGAGGCAGACAGGCUGCCCGCCCCUGUCCCCCAUCGGCAUCAUGUGAAUAAAGCAAGCUGCCUUUUUACUGUGA